UAGAAAGAAAAGAAAAGCUGUUGUUAUGAUUAGCUUACUAGUAUGUUUCAAGGGUCAAGAUUCUCCGUUAGCCCUUCCCUCUGUCUCUCUGAUGGCGUUACAGUCCUAUUUAUGGCUACACAGAUGUAAGCCCUACUGAAUUGAAUGGGCUUACUCUUGGGUAAGAGGGUAUAGGACUGCCACCUUUAGGCAGAAGUAAACCUAAACUUCUCUCCAGCGCAUGUAAUACAGGCCUUAUCUACUUGAAAGUAAACAAAUUUGAGUUCAGUGGGAUUUGACUCCCAGGUAGAAGGCCCGGCCGACAAGCAUUGAUCCUGUGUGUUUGGAGGCUGUCUGUGCACUUCUGAGGCAAAGACGUCCCACCCCUUUGCAGCCUUUUCUACAGACUUCAGCACAGAGCAGAAGGCAGAAACCGGACACCUGUCCUCCAUAGAAAAACACCCUGUAUUAGCAGAGAGAAGGCCAGUGGUGAGGCUGUCCCAAAAUGGCUGCGAAGCGGGGAGUGACGUCGAAUCUUCAUUUGCAGGGGGAGUUGGAACAGGUGGCUCGGCGGCGGAAGAAAAUGGAGGAGGAUGAGGAGGAACACGAGAACCCAGACCCGGAGGAAGGCUGGAGGGGGAAAGGUGAGGCCUCUCGCGGCCCUCGAGACAAAGACGAGAGGCUGCCCAGAGGCCGAGCAGCUCAACAGAAGACCCUCCUUAACACAACUCGUUCCCCUCGCUCAGGGUGGAGGAACCCACCAGCAACCCGCCCUGCUGAGUGGGAAGACAGACAGGGCUUUUCAUCCUCUGUCGAGGGGCCGGCAGUGGCCCGCCAGUGGGCGAGGGGCGGACGAGCCGCUCGCCGCCCGACCAGCCUCUCCGGGGAAGGCCCAGAGGCCCACAACAGUCUGGACUCUGGGGAGAUUGGCGAGUCUGGGAUGGUGAAAGUGAAGGAGGAGGUCUUGGGCGACGACUCUGCCAGCAUGGAGAUGAAGCGCCAGCGCUUCCGCCAGUUCCGCUACCAGGAGGCCGAGGGGCCCCGGGAGGUGUGCAGCCAGCUCUGGUAUCUUUGCCAUCGGUGGCUGAAGCCCGAGAGACACACCAAGGAGCAGAUCCUGGAGCUUCUGAUCCUGGAGCAGUUCCUGGCCAUCCUGCCGCCGGAUAUCCAGAGCUGGGUGAGAGAACACGAACCGGAGACCUGCUCUCAAGCGGCUGCCUUGGCCGAGGAUUUCCUGCAGAUGCAGCGAGAGGCUGAGAGGAGGGAACAGCAGGUGCUCGGUCUGUUCGAGAUGGACAAUGCAGAUUCUCCAGAAACUGAGGCUGAGCAGCCUCCGUCGGACUCUGGGCCGAAGCCUCUGUUCAAGGAAACCAAGCAAGAGGCUGAUGAGGAAGAGGCCAGCAAUUUGGGGACCCUUGGGCAGGUGGAACCACGGGCAGGUGGCCCCCUUCCCCUCUACCCAGAAGAGGGCAGCUCUGAUGAUGAGGGCCUCUUGGACCUUGUGUAUGCCGCCAACCUCGAGAUCCACAGUAGGCGACCACCCCGACGGACCCGCCUCAUCCGGAUGCGUACCCACGAGCUCCAGGUGUCCGACGAGGAAUGCCUGACCCGCUUCCGACUGGACCGCCAGGCCAUCCAGGAUCUGUGCACUCUGCUGGCGCCAUACCUGGACGGGGCCUCUGCGAGCCGCAGGCACAUCCCCACCUUGCAGAAGGUCCUGAUAGCGCUGCAGGUCCUUGGGACUGGUUCCUUCCAGCGGAUGACGGGCGACAACCUGCGGGUGUCCCAGUCCUCCGUCAGCCGCUGCCUGGACGCCUUCCUGGAGGCCAUGCUCCGCCACGUGCACGAGCACAUCACCUUCCCCACCACCGACUCAGAACUUCGGCGCACCCGGGAAGCAUUCUUCGACAUUGCAGGCUUCCCAAAUGUCAUCGGGAUUGUGGACUGCACUCAUGUGCCCAUCAUAGCACCGGCAGAUAUGCCAGCACUCUACCGCAAUUGCCAUAACUUCCACAGCCUGAAUGUGCAGGCCACCUGUGAUGCGUCAGGGUGCUUUACUCAUGUGUUGGCAAAGUUCCCUGGGAGUGUCCACGAUGCCCGGAUAUUCCAGCUGUCCCAACUGCAGAGGCUUCUGGAGUCAUGGCCUGAAGGGAAGGGAUGGCUUUUGGGUGACUGUGGCUACCCCUUGCGUCCUUUUCUCAUGACGCCGCAUCCUGAUGAAGGCCCAGAACCUGUGGCCCGUUACAACGCCACACAUGAGACAACACGGAUGGUGGUGGAGAGAGCCUUUGGGCAGCUGAAGAUGAGGUUCCGGUGCCUCCACUCCACUGGGGGCCGCCUUAUGCUCCGCCCAGAGAAGGUGGCCAAGGUGUUCGUGGUUUGCGCCAUGCUGCACAACAUGGCCCUGCGGCGUCAGUUGCCCAUUAUCAAUGGUGGACAAGGGGUGGACACCGAGGUCCCCGUGUCUCCCUACCUGGAAACCGAUGGCAUUGUAGAGCAAGAUCCUCGUGGGGUGGAUGUUCGGGAGCAAAUAAUUAGCACUUAUUUCUCACAAUAAAUUCAACUUUCAGUA